AUGAGCAAUAGAUAAUUUAAAACAGUAUUUUUAGGAAGUCAAAAUGUGGGAAAGAGUUGCAUAGUGAAACGAAUAGUGUAAAAUUAAUAUGAUGGGAAGACAGAACCAACCAUCGGAAGCUCAUUUCAAUCUAAAACUAUUAAUAUAAAUGGAGAAGAUAUAACAUUCCAGUUGUGGGACACAGCUGGCUAAGAAGCUUUUCGGGCCCUGACUAAAAUAUACUAUAGAUGUAGUUAUUUGAUUUUGGUAUAAAGUCUACAAGAAUCCUAAAUCGCCAUUUUGGUAUAUGACAUCACAAAUAAGGAGACAUUUCGCAACCUCGAGAAGUGGCAUGAAGAUCUAAAGGAUAAUUGUGACGGGAACAAAAUGAUUUUGGCUUUAUGCGGAAAUAAAGUUGAUCUGGAUAAUGACAAUGUCACAUAUGCGGAAGCCAAAAAGUUUGCAGAUAAAAUAAAUGGAGAAUUAUUCUUGGUGUCUGCGAAGACUGGCUAAGGAAUAGAAGGUUUGAUAUAAAUAAAAUAUCGAGGAAAUGUUUGAUAGAGUUGGCACAAUGGCAUCCCAAAUGGAAUUAGAGAAUCCUGAGUUUGUAAGAGGC